AGUUGUUUGUGUUUUUAGUGGUUUUUAUGUUUUGGUUUCUUUUCCUCUUUCCCUCAUGGCUGUAGCUAUGUGGCUAGAGGGGGUGUUGAGGAAACUAUGGUUUUCACUCCUUUGUUGGGUGAGAAAGUGGAGGAGGUGGUGAUGGCGGCCCGGAUGACGACGGUUGGAGGGCGGUGGUUGUCAAGCGAAGAAGGACGCUCGAUUGGAGAAGGUUGGGCUGAUGUGCGCAAGAGGACAAGGAAGGAGACCUGUUCUUGUCUUGGACUGGCUACGGUUGUCUUCGAGAAUAGUGAAAUGGACGGGGCUGGCGGCAGGAGAGAAAGCUAUGUGGCUAGAGGGGGUGUUGAGGAAACUAUGGUUUUCACUCCUUUGUUGGGUGAGAAAGUGGAGGAGGUGGUGAUGGCGGCCCGGAUGACGACGGUUGGAGGGCGGUGGUUGUCAAGCGAAGAAGGACGCUCGAUUGGAGAAGGUUGGGCUGAUGUGCGCAAGAGGACAAGGAAGGAGACCUGUUCUUCUCUUGGGCUGGCUACGGUUGUCUUCGAGAAUAGUGAAAUGGACGGGGCUGGCGGCAGGAGAGAAAGGUGGGCAAAGGACUAGAAGGAAAGCUACCAUGGGUAGCCAUGGCGAUGUCGGACGUGUAGACCGCUGCUGAAAAGACCAAAAAACUAAAUAUUAAAAUAAUAAAUUAUUAAUCUAAAU